AUCCAAUCACGGCGCUGAAUGGCUGCGCAAGAUGGCCGCGCGCUUGGAGCGUAGCAUUUGCGUUUUUAGGAGCUUGACUGUGUGAUUAGGUUGCGAUUCUGGGCUUUUGCAGGCCCAGCCACACACUCUGUCCGGCUACUGCAUUGGCCUACGAGAUGGCUCUCAGCAAAUCAAUGCAUGCAAGAAAUAGAUACAAGGACAAGCCUCCUGACUUCGCAUAUCUGGCAUCUAAAUAUCCAGAUUUCAAGCAGCAUAUUCAGAUAAAUUUGAAUGGGAGAGUAAGUCUUAAUUUCAAAGACCCUGAAGCAGUCAGAGCUCUGACUUGUACUCUCCUGAGAGAGGACUUUGGACUUUCUAUUGAUAUUCCUUUGGAGAGACUAAUUCCCACAGUCCCCUUGAGGCUUAACUAUAUUCACUGGGUAGAAGAUCUGAUUGGUCACCAGGAUUCUGACAAAACUACUCUCCGAAGAGGAAUUGACAUAGGCACCGGGGCAUCCUGCAUCUAUCCCUUACUUGGAGCAACCCUAAAUGGCUGGUAUUUUCUGGCAACAGAAGUGGAUGAUAUGUGCUUCAAUUAUGCCAAGAAAAACGUGGAACAGAAUAACCUAUCUGAUCUCAUCAAAGUGGUGAAAGUGCCGCAGAAGACACUCCUGAUGGAUGCGCUCAAGGAAGAGUCUGAGAUAGUCUACGACUUCUGUAUGUGCAACCCUCCCUUUUUUGCCAACCAAUUGGAAGCCAAGGGUGUAAACUCUCGGAAUUCUCGAAGACCUCCACCUAGUUCUGUAAAUACAGGAGGCAUCACAGAGAUCAUGGCAGAGGGAGGAGAACUAGAAUUUGUCAAAAGGAUCAUCCAUGACAGUUUACAACUUAAAAAAAGAUUAAGGUGGUACAGCUGUAUGCUGGGAAAGAAAUGCAGUCUAGCUCCACUGAAGGAAGAGCUUAGAAUCCAAGGGGUUCCUAAAGUCACCUUCACGGAGUUUUGUCAGGGUCGGACAAUGAGAUGGGCCUUAGCUUGGAGUUUUUAUGAUGAUGUCACAGUACCGUCACCUCCAAGUAAACGAAGAAAAUUAGAAAAGCCAAGGAAACCCAUUACUUUUGUAGUGUUGGAGUCUGUGAUGAAAGAAUUAUCCCUCAAAGCAUCCUCUCUGGGCUCUGAGACAGCCGAAGGCAUAGUGGUUGUAACGACAUGGAUAGAAAAAAUCCUCACUGACCUGAAGGUGCAACAUAAGCGAAUUCCCUGUGGAAGAGAAGAAGUUAGCCUUUUCCUAACAGCCAUAGAAAACUCUUGGAUUCACUUAAGGCGGAAGAGGAGAGAGCGAGUGAGGCAGCUGCGGGAGGUGCCUCGGGCUCCUGAGGAUGUCAUCUUAGCCUUGGAAGAGAGAAAGUCCACUCCAAAAGAGCUGAGUAGUGGCCAAGACGUGGCCCAUUGCCCCCAAGAGAGUGCCUUGUGUGGGCCUGAUGUGCCAGAAGCCGAGUCUGCUGCUGUUGGUGGCCAUUGCCUCAGCCAGAAGUUACUGUGCCAGGAGGAAACUCCAGAAGCCAUGGAGGAUGAAAGGGAUGAGGAAAGGGGAGGGAUGGAGGUCAUGGAAAGUUGUAAAGGCUCCAGCGAUGGAGCCCAGGACGGAGAGGCUUCUGAGAAGGGGGACCACCUGGAUGGAGCAGCUGGACGCUACCUGUUUAAGUGUUUAAUCAAUAUUAAGAAGGAAGUAGACGAUGCCUUAGUUGAAAUGCAUUGGGUUGAGGGUCAGAAUAGGGACUUGAUGAACCAGCUUUGCACCUACAUUCGUAACCAAAUUUUGAGGCUUGUUGCUAGUUAAUUCUUAAUUUCUUCUACAGUUAGAAAAAUGUCUGUAUGGGGUUAGGGAGAUGGUGCAAUGGCCUUAUGUGCUUAGUAUCCAGAAGUUACCUUGUGUUGAGUCCCUUCCACCUAACAUCAUACAAGGAAAAAACAAUAUAAAAUAGCUUGCUUUGGAGGUAGAGCCUAUUGGGAGGCUAGAAGAAUUUCACCACUGGUGCAUUAGUGACACCAUGUGAAAUUGUCUUAGAAAGCACAUAUUUAGUUGGAUGUGCUCUGUGGUACCUGGAAUCCCACUACUUGGAGCCUGCGGCAGGAAGAUUGCUAUGGGUGUAAGGUCAGUCUACGCUACAGAGACAGACACUUAUCUAAAUAAAAA